AAACUCGAUGAAGUGCUUCGAUAACUGGCCGCAGAACUGUCUUGAGUGUCGAACAAAUCGCAUGGAGUUUAGAACAUGCGACUUUAGAAAAUAUUUUAUCGUGUAUAAAAUUGAGCGUCCUUCAUUUUAUUGUAAUAAAAAUUGUGCAUAAAUAUAUAUUUAUCUAUCCUCCCCAAUAUUAAGAUUUCAAAAUGACGUCUUCCACGGGAAAGCUGUUGUUUUCCCUUCCUGUGUUCCUGAUACUCUUGGCGUACGGAGCAACCGAAACUCCAAGGCUGGUAUGUUAUUUUAGCAAUUGGGCUAUCUAUCGUCCGGACAUAGGCAGUUACGGUAUCAAUGAUAUCCCCGCUGAUAUGUGUACGCACAUUAUCUACUCCUUCAUCGGCCUGAGCAACGUUACCUGGGAAAGGCUUAUUCUCGAUGAGGAGCUCGACGUUGAGAAAGGUGGUUUUGACAAGUUCGUCGCUCUGAAGAAAAAGUAUCCGCAUCUGAAGACUCAGGUCGCUAUCGGCGGUUGGGCCGAAGGUGGCAAAAAGUAUAGCGAAAUGGUCAGGAUGAAAGCCAGGCGUGACUCGCUCAUCAGGAGUAUCGUCGCUCUUAUGAACCAAUACGGCUUCGAUGGCUUCGAUCUUGAUUGGGAAUAUCCGGCGGCUACCGAUAGAGGCGGUACUUUUAGCGACAAGAACAACUUCUUUUACUUUGUCGAGGAGCUGAGGACAGCGUUCGACAAGGCAGGAAAAGGCUGGGAGAUCACUAUGGCAGUGCCGAUGGCCCCGUUCCGUCUCAAUGAGGGAUAUCACGUGCCAGAAUUAUGCGAGCUUGUCAAUGCCAUCCACGUCAUGUCGUAUGAUCUUCGGGGCAACUGGGCCGGAUUUGCGGAUGUUCACAGCCCACUCUACAGGAGACCCCACGAUCAGUACGCCUACGAGAAACUAAACGUGCACGAUGGUCUUCAACUCUGGGAAGACAAAGGAUGUCCUGCCAACAAGCUCGUCGUAGGAAUCCCGUUGUAUGGACGUACUUUCACUCUCAGCCAAGGCAAUAACAAUAAAAAACCUGGAACUUACAUCAAUAAAGAAGCCGGUGGCGGCGCGCCCGGCAAAUAUACCGGAGCUAAAGGAUUCUUGGCUUACUAUGAAAUCUGUAUGGAACUACAAAAACCGGACAACGGGUGGACCAAGGAAUACGACCAAGCAGGCAAAGUACCUUAUAUGUACAAAGAUACUCAAUGGGUCGGUUACGAGGAUGCUGAUAGUAUUGUUUACAAAAUGAAGUUCCUCAAGGAAAAGAAAUAUCUCGGUGCUAUGGUCUGGGCUGUCGAUAUGGAUGAUUUCAGAGGACUUUGCGGUCCUGUGAAUCCCCUCAUGACUACAAUUUACAAUUGUCUAAAAGGCUAUACAGUAACACCUAAAAAUUACAAGACAACGCCCAGACCUGAAUGGGAUAGACCACCCAGUACUCCAGCCUCCACAGGUGAAAACAAACCGAAACCCACCAAACCUACCGAACCCACCAAACCUACCGAACCCACCAAACCUACCGAAUCCACCAAAAUACCCGAAUGGACUACCGAAUGGACUACCGAAACAUCUCGUCCUACGACACCUACCACCUUGAAGCCAAUUGAUGAUGACGAGGUUGCUUGUAAUGGCCAGAAUAUUAUUCCCAGCAAAGAUUGCGCAACAUACUACAUCUGUGAUCACGGCAAGCCGAUCAAAGCACGAUGUGCGCCUGGUUUGAUCUACCAUAGUUCCAAGUUCAUUUGCGACUGGCCGGCCAACGCCGAUCGCGAGGAAUGCAGACAUGUUCGAUCCAUUUGAAAUCUGUCGAUUUCAAUCAUUUCAUCGAUUCAUAAAUCUUUAGAGUUUAGAAAGCUUAUAGCUAUAAUUUCAUACAAGCAUUAUUAUUUUAUUAUUUGUUGUUGUGUGCGAGAGCACGUGCGAAAUCAAAUGUAUCAUUCUUUGCGAGCUAUGAUAAAUCAUACGCAGUUUAUCAAA